AUGAGCUGCCAAUUAAUUGCCUCCGAUAACUCCAUUGAAGCUGUUAAACAAACACUCCAGAUCUUUUCACGUAAUCUCAGACGCGAUUUCCUUGUUAUUCUUGUCAAGAUAAUCGCAGCCGAAUUAAAGUCACAUACAAUCAGAAAAGAUUGGAGAACAAGAGAGGGCUCGCUCGAAUUCCUCUCUAGGAACUGGUAUUUCUUCAGAGAAAGCUUCAACAAGCGUCCAGUGAUCUUUUGGUACUGCGCGAACUUCGAAGCCCUCGAAUCCAUCCUCUCUCAUCGUAAAUUCGUUAUGUUCCUGUACAAGAAUUGGUCCCAAUACGGAAAUUUCGUUUCAUCCAAAGAAUGUGUCUCAUUUCUCCGUAUCCACUCAAAGGCAGCCCUUGAAUGCAUCAAGAACAAGUCCCUUACCGCUCCAGAUUUCCCGAACACCCCUAUUUCCGCUCGAUUUGUUGAGAUCCUCGAUCAUUUCCACCAAAGAAAGACAGAAAUGGUCACAAGAGCCGCGGAGAAGAAGACCCUAGAGAUCCAUGAGUCCGUUGUUCCCACCCAAACUCCAGUCCAGGCUACAGAUUCGAUUGUUAUCGAGAAUUCCUUCCCAGAUCCCGAAGCCGAGGAAUUCUUCCACUUCGAAGAUUCAUGCCCAUCGGAACCCACCUACGAUUGCGUCCAGACAGAUCAGUUUUCCCUUGAUUAUGAUCCUUAUUACGAAUCCGCCCUUGUUGAUGAUUUUAUUUGUUAG